AUGAUAGAAGCCAUAAAGGCUUGCAGACACAUUCCUGAGCCAGAUGUAGAGGAGUUAUGUACAAAGGCGAUUGAGCUAUUAGUGCAAGAAGCCAAUAUUCAGCAUGUCGAUACACCCGUAACAAUAUGUGGUGAUAUACAUGGCCAGCUUCAUGACUUGAUAACGUUAUUCAGAACGGGUGGAGAAUGUCCCUACACACAAUAUUUAUUUUUGGGCGAUUUUGUUGACAGAGGAUUCUAUUCGGUGGAGAGCUUCUUAUUCUUGUUAGCACUAAAAGUGAGAUAUCCUGAUAGAAUCACCUUAAUACGAGGAAAUCACGAGUCUCGACAAAUCACGACAGUAUAUGGGUUUUACGAUGAGUGUAUCCGAAAAUAUGGGUCUGUUAAUGUUUGGAGAUAUUGCUGUGAAGUAUUCGAUUAUCUCUCGCUCGGAGCUAUUGUUGGAGGCGAAGGUGGCGUCUUCUGCAUUCACGGCGGAUUAAGUCCCGAUAUUGAUACAAUUGAUCAAAUAAGAACAUUAGAUAGAAAGCAAGAAGUCCCACAUGAGGGAGGAAUGUGCGACUUAUUAUGGUCAGAUCCAGAAGAGGUUCCAGGUUGGUCCAUUUCUCCUCGUGGCGCGGGAUUCUUGUUCGGCGAGAACGAGGUGCACAAGUUUCUUCAAGUAAACAACAUCUCUCUUAUAGCUAGAGCGCAUCAAUUAGUAAUGGAAGGCUACAAAGAGAUGUUUAAUCUGGAGCUAGUCACGGUGUGGUCCGCCCCCAAUUACUGUUAUCGUUGUGGUAACAUAGCCUCCGUGCUUGCCAUAGAUGACGAUCUUGGUAGAGACUACAAAGUCUUUGAGGCUGCUAAUCAGGAUCUUAAUACCAUUCCUUCCAAAAAACCGGCUGUGGAAUACUUCAUUUGA